UGAAGCGUGUUAAGGUAAAGUGAAGACAUCAGCUCCCGACUCUCAAAUUGUUUUGGUUUACUUAGGGUCUUAAGUAUCGUGCGUGUGUAUUGGUAACUUUAAAAUUAAUCCCCCCUCCCAGAAAAUCAGACCAGAGCACAUGGGUGAAAAGCCUCCAGAAAUAAUCAACUGCACAGCUCUGUUGUAGACGCAGCUACCAGAUAGAUUGUGAACAAUGAGCAGCAUUGCUAAAAGCCUUUUGAAAUCAGUCAAACGCGGGCGGGCGGUGUGGCUGAGGAGCAGAAGCUCUGCUUGCUGUGGAGAACAGCAUCUUCGGCAGCUGGUGCUGGGAAUCGAGACGAGCUGCGAUGAUACCGGCGCUGCCGUGGUGGACGAUGCUGGGAACGUGCUGGGAGAGGCCCUGCACUGUCAGAAGGAAGUCCAUUUACAAGCAGGUGGAAUAAUUCCUGUGGUGGCACAGCAGCUACACAGAGAAAACAUUGAGCGAGUGGUACGAGAGGCUCUGAGUGCUGGUGGAGUUUCUGUACCUGAGCUGGCAGCUGUAGCGACCACAGUCAAACCAGGCCUGGCCCUCAGCCUGGAAGUGGGGCUGCAGUACAGCCUGGACCUGGUGAGCAGGUACCAGAAGCCCUUCAUACCCAUCCAUCACAUGGAAGCUCAUGCUCUGACCGUCAGACUGACACAUCACGUGGAGUUUCCCUUCUUGGUUCUUCUGCUCUCUGGAGGCCACUGCAUUUUGGCAGUAGCACAAGGGGUGUCAGAUUUCCUUCUGCUUGGACAGUCCAUAGAUAUAGCACCAGGCGACAUGCUGGAUAAGGUAGCAAGAAGACUGUCUUUAAGAAAGCACCCAGAGUGCCACAGCAUGUCUGGGGGGAAGGCAAUAGAGCACUUGGCUCAGAGUGGAAACAGGCAUCAGCAUACGUUCAGGCUUCCCAUGCAACGAUACCGCAACUGCAACUUCUCUUUCUCUGGACUUCAGAGCCUGGUCAAUAAAGCCAUCAUAGAAAAAGAAAAAGAAGAAGGUAUUCAAGAGGGUGAGAUCCUCUCCUGUGUGCAGGAUAUUGCUGCUGCUGUACAGCAUGUGGUGGCUGUUCACAUUUUCCAGCGGACAUAUCGAGCCAUGCUGUUCUGCAUAAAAAAUAGCAUACUGUCAGCAAAAAAUGCAGCUUUGGUUGUGUCAGGAGGAGUUGGAAGCAAUCAGUACAUCCGAAAAGGUCUGCAGGCUUUGGCAGAUGCAAAUAAUUUUGCUUUUCUGUGCCCUCCUCCGAGACUGUGCACCGAUAAUGGCGUUAUGAUCGCAUGGAAUGGGAUUGAAAGGUUACGUGCAGGCCUUGGUGUUCUACACAGUACUGAUGGCAUCCGCUAUGAACCCAGAGCUCCCCUUGGAAUUGAUAUUUCAAAGAGAGUUGAAGAAGAUUCCAUCAAGGUGCCAAAACUCAAAAAGAAGAUACGGUGGUUGGCAUUGUAAAAAGUAACUUAGUCAAAUAAAAGUAACUAUAAAUUGUUAAUAAUAAUAAAAAAAAAAAAUCUGUGCUGUUACAUUUACUGACAGUAUUUGCUUUGCAAUUGUUGAAGAUCACUUGCCAGAGAAAUAAAAGCUGUGUGGAGUCACCACGAUUCCAGUUACUGUUCCUCAAAUG